CUGCUCUCUUCACAUUCACAGUCGUUCGUGUCUAGCUCCGAUGUCUGGUGAUAAGUUUUGCGGUCGCUUCUAGAAAAUCCUUUUGUGCGUUGUGUAUACUUUUGGCUCGGAUUUUCCUCCCAAAUUUAGUUUUGAAAAAGUGAAAAACUUGUUUCCGGUUGUGCCAUAUCGUGCGGUGAACAAAUUUGCGGUAAAAGUUCGAUCGUUAGUGCCGGAUCUCGCGCGUAACAAGGAAAACGAAAAGUGCUUGGAAUCGCUCUUGGUCAGCAGGAUCCUAAGUUUUAGAAGGAAAAGUUUUUUUUUUCUUGGUGAUUGCAACAGCGCCGUCGUCGUAGCAAAAACGGCUGCGAAUAUUUUUCCUGUGCCCAGUGUUCCAUAAUCCGGUCAAAAUUUGCGUCGUAAAGAUGGAUCUGUUGAAGAAGAUGAUGGGCCUGGAUGGCCACAAGGACGACGACGAGGACAAGAGGAAGAAAAAACCGGAGGUCAAGGACGAGUUUCGGAAGCCUAUAUGGGUCGAGGAGUACGACAGCGAUGAUGAUCUGUUCGACAACCAAAAGAUCUUUGGUGUUCAAAUCUUCACCAAUCCGUUGGAAAUCCAGAAACAUUUCGAACAUCAAAUCCAGGAGAUGAUGAAGAGCUUGGAGGAAUUAGAUGAAACUGCAAAACCGUUUGAUCGUGACCUCAAGCAGGAUUUCCUCAAGCCCGGCUUCGAGAACGAGAUCAAGAAGGAGCUCCAAAAGGAGAAACGUCUCGAUACGGAUUUGGAUGGAGAAAUCUACCCGGAUCAGUUGCACACCCUGUUGCAACGCAUUUCGCCGGAACUGAAGGAGCUCUUGCCUAAGAAGAAGCAAACUGAGGCCCACUCCAUGCAGCAACCCAAACUCAAGUUGACCGACGAGCAGAAGAUAAUGGACUGGAUCCAUGGUUACAAGGAAUCGGAACCGCAACCUUCGGCGCCACGUCCGCGCCCUUCGCGUAAAAUUCCAUCCCAGCGCUAUCACGAUGGAAUUUUCGAGGGAACGUUCCAAGGCCCACGGAUGUUUGGUCAAAGUAUCAUCUCCCAAACGAUCCGCAAGCCGGACGGGACCUACGAAACGCGCAAAACGGUUCGUGAUUCGGAGGGCCAUACCAAAACAACCAUAACCCGUUCGACCAAGGACGGACAAAAGGAAACCAUAACAACGUACGGCGACGAAGGAGGGUCUACUGCGACGAAGCCGUUCUUUGAGAAAGCACCCCCGCAGCAACCGGGAGGAGGGACCGAUGGCUCGAUUGCCGCCGCCCUGCUUGGAGUGGAUCAGGCCUGCCGCAAGCACCUGUUCUCCAAGAAUGGUUACGUUUUGCCGAAGAACCUCUGGUGACUUCAAGCGCAGACAAACCGUAAUGAGCUAACUACAAUACUGGUAGAUCAUCGGUUCAGUUUCCAUUUCUCUUACAAUACUUACUUCCCUACCUUGGACGAAGGAGCAAGGGCUUCAACCGGCCUUCUUCGAUCGUUGUCGUUUAGUGAGCCAAAUAUGUGUGCAGUAGAAGUAGACGAAUUACACUCGACUAGCGAGUGGAAUCAUCCUCGUAGAUCUAAUCAUCCUAGCAACCAUUGCUACUACUCUAUCCAAGCCUACUAUAUUGAUGAUGAUAAUAAUGUAUCAGAGCAACAGGCGGAAACAGUCUGGCGCAGCAAUACCGAAUGUCCGAAUGUCGUCGCUUUAGUUUUAAAAUUGUAUAAUUUACUUUUAACAGUAGUAGUUAUGAUUAGUUUAAGUAGCGUUCAAUUUUUGAUUUUAUGGUACAACAGCAACCAGCAGCUCGCUGAGAGAGCGGUGGUCGCACGGCAGCAGCAGCAGCAGCAGGUUGAACAAACCAGUAUUAUGAACCAUGGGUGGCAACUGGGACUGGGACGGUUAUGAAAACUAGUUCAUCGUCGUCUGUUCAACCGUUGUUACGCUGCUGCACUAUGCGCCACGUCAGCCAAAAAGGAGAGACGUUUGUGUUUGUGAUAUUCUUUUACGUUAGACAGUUAUCGAUACUACGACUUAUCGUAUAAGUUUGCUAUUGUUAGUCUUAGUUACUUCAACAGCUGAUUGUUGUGGUUGGACCCUCUCUCAUAAGACGGGGUCGGUCGUCUACAUGAAGCAUAAGACUAAAUUUUCGGAAGCAACCGCGAUAACACAUACGACGCACUUACACAUACAAUUACACAGGAAAAAAGUAAACAAAAAACACCUACUCAAGAGGUGAGUAGUGCGUUUCUGUGCGCGUUUUAGGUAGAUAUUUUUCCGGGACUGAAACAAGAAAGAGUAAAUUAUAUAUUUUUUAUCAUGUAAGAGUUUUUAUUAAAUCGGUAAAAACGGAUUUUUUCGAAUGCAGCAGGAAGAAGAGAGGCAUAAAAAGGGGAAAACACAAGAUAUUCGGAAAACAGUAGUGUGGAGAGCUCUAUACGCGCAUCCAUCAAAAGUAUAUUGUCAAACUUAACAACCAACCAUGCAUACAAUUAUAUCUCUUAUCAUAAUAUAUGGCUUUCCCUACAAAAACUUGAAGAACCGUCUUACAAAACAAAUAUAUAAACCAUUAGAAUGCUAAAUAUCAGCAUUUCUCUCUUUGUGAACCUA